CGGAUUGGCAAUCGGGAAUACCGGGAACAAUCCCGAACGGCCGGUCCAUUUCAGGCCGAAUCGGCCGGUGGUCAAAUUUGUUAUUAUUAUUUUUUAUUAUUAUUAUUUAUUUUAUAUGAUACGGUACCGUACCGGCCUGUAGCGGCCGCUCAGCUGCAGCGGAACGCAGCUGUGUGUCUGUGUGUGUGUGUGUGUGUGUGUGUGUGUGUUUCAGACUGGGCCAAACCAAUACUUCCAAUCUUAAGGGGGGAUACGAGCGGCCUCUCCCAACUUGGACUGAUCCUCCUAUUUCCUGACAUCCGAUUGGCUCAAAGGCGCCGAUCAAAGGAGUUUACUUGGUUAGGUUUGAGUUUGUGUGAAUGCAACAGAGACAGACGGUAAAAAUGGCGAAACGAAGGAAAGAAGAGAAAGAAAUGGGUGGGGCCGAAAAAAUAAGAAUGAAAAAAAAAAAAAUGUUGGCACAAGAGGCAGCUAAAUGUGCCAAAUUAACGGACCUUUUCCGCACUGAAAAGGGUGCUGUGGCAGGAGGUGCAGCUGUUAAGGUCAUUGAUGGAGAGGGACAGUUUGAUGAUGACCCCUGCAGUCAUAUUGAUGAGGAGGGAGAGAAGGAGGAGCAGCAGGAGAAAGCAGAGCAAAAGAAGGAGGAGGAGCAGGAGGAAGGAAAGCAGCAGGAGAAAGCAGAGCAGGAGGAGCAGGAGCAGGAGGAUAAUGGAACAAGAACAAAAACAGUGACAGUACAACCAGUACAGACAGAGGCAGGGUCCAAGACAGGUGAAGAUGCACCAAGGAUAGACCUAAACAGAGCUGAAGAUGAGGGCUUUGAUUUUUAUACACGACCGGCCUCCAAAGAUUUAGAUUUUUUUUUUUCUUACCACCCUCAACAACCCACCAGAAAAGGCACGACUAUCUAUCAUACUAAAGAUGGUAUUAUGAGAAAGUGGCUCACAUACUGUAAGAAAGAAAACUCACUCUACUGCACAGUAUGUUUGGCAUAUGCAAAGCCAUCUGCAAGUGAAAGUGCGUUCAUUAAGGGGGGAAUGACAGCCUGGAAGCAUGUACAUCAGAGAAUAGAAGAGCACGAAAGAAACCAAGUUCACAGAGACAGUGCAGAAGCAUAUUUUAUGAUGGCCAGUCAAGCAGACAUAGUAAGCUUACUAAGUGGAAAACAAGUGUCUCUUCACCGUGACCAAGUCAGAAAGAAACGCCAAGUCAUGGACCGUGUCAUUGAAGUGAUAAAAGUCAUUGGAAAGUGUGGUCUUAGCUAUAGAGGCACCAAAUUUGAAGCUGCAUACACAUGGGACAACAUUGCUGUUGAUCAUGGAAACUUCUUGGAAAUGAUCCUCCUGCUGAGCAAAUUUGAUGUCUCUCUGCAAGAACAUGUAAAUGAAUGUGUACAAAAAAGCCAAAGCCUAAAUAAGACCGGUGUUAAAGGCAGAGGAUCUUUCGUUACACUGCUGUCUAAAACAUCUGUCAACAAAGUGAUUGAUGUAAUCAGCCACUUAAUCAAAGAAAGCAUUUCAAGGGAAGUAAGGCAAGCAGGAAUGUUUUCUCUGCAGAUUGACACCACACAAGAUAUUACCUCCACAGACCAAUGUGCUGUUAUCCUCAGAUAUGUGACUGAUGUGGUCCAUGAGAAGCUCAUAGGUGUGGUUGAUUGUGAGUCAUCAACUGGAGAGUAUUUUGUGGAGCUACUUAAAAAAACUCUAGCAAAGGUGGAUAUUGAGCUUAGGAACUGUGUUGGCAACUCAACCGAUGGAGCUGCAAACAUGCAAGGCCAGUACAAGGGGUUCUCUGCUUUACUGGCAUCAGAGUCUCCUAACCAAGUGCACAUCUGGUGCUAUGCACAUGUGCUCAAUCUUGUUCUGGGUGACACCACGAGUGCUGUGAUAGAAAGUGCAUCCCUUUUCUCCAUAGUGAAUGAUGUUGCUGUAUUUAUCAAGGACUCAUACAAGCGUAUGAAAAUGUGGGAGGAAGUCAGUGAUGACAAGCGACACAGACGGCUGUCUCCUAUCGGGGAGACAAGAUGGUGGGCCAAGGACCAGGCCCUAAGCAAGAUAUUUGGCUGUUUUGGUAACCCUGACAAUGCUUUGUAUGUUGAUUUAAUCUUAACACUGAAAAGGAUAGUGGAAGAUAUGUCAAUCAAAGCACAUGUCAGAGCAAGAGCUAAGGGGUACAUGGAGUCCCUACUGAAGCAUGAGACGGUGUUGACAGCACAGCUAUUCUUGAGAAUCUUUGAGAUUACCUCACCACUUUCCAGAUACCUCCAGACCAGUGGCAUGGACCUAAUCACUGCUCAUCGACUAGUUAUGGGGGCCCAAGACAGCCUAAAAUCCUGCAACAGGGACAUGGAUGGUGUCACAAAAGCUGCAAAUAUCUUUGUUAAAUGGGCUAACAAGGAGCUGGAGGAGAAUGGAUCUAAAGAGGUGGUUCAGGGGGCUCUACCUGAAAAAAAAAAUCAGAAAGAAGAAGUCCAUGCCAGGUGAAGUAGC